AUGUCCGACUCUCAGCUGCGUCAGACCAUCAAUCAGCUAUCCAAUGCAGCAAAUUUUGGCGGGCAGUAUCAACAAACAUAUGCCGCACCGACACCGGCACCAGCAACGCCUACGCCACAACAGAGCAGUAGUUCCAAUCUCGCGCCCACACCCCGAACACCAACACCCAUCGCGCCAGCACCCAUAACAGCAUCUCAACCGCAGUACCAACAACCAAUACAAUACCAACAACAACAGACACAACAGACAUCAUAUUACGUUCCUCCACCCGCGCCAGCCCCUCCCCCUCGUCCUUCAUCCCACGAUGGCCGACUACGCACAACCGUUCCCACCGCCACGCAGGCUCUUCAUUCCACCUAUGCGUCCCGUCUUCGCACUGGUACCACCCUUCUCGUCCAACCGAUUCUUAACAACACCUCCCUUGCAGCGCAUGUCGCUGCCACAGGCACCAGUUCCGGCAGACCUCGAAGAGGGAAUGUAGUGAGCUAUGCAGACCCGGGAUCGGGAGAUGAUAUUCCGGAUGCGGGAGAGGUUGACUCUGAUGGGAGUGAUUUUGUGGCAAGUGGGGGGACGAGGACGGCGUUGAGGACGCAGAGAACUCAGAGGGGUCUUACGGGGACGCCGGUGCAGUCGGCCAGAGAAAGGGAAAGGGAUAGAGAUGGACGUGGAACGGAGUUAGAUCAGAGUUAUUUGGGGUUGGUUCCGCCGGGUAGAUUCAUCACGUCGAAGAAGGUGUACCCGACGCUACAUGAGAACUUCUCGCAGGACUCUAUGCAGGAGCAGUCACGUCUUCCUUCUGCCCUUGUCCCUAUCCGUGUCGAAUUCGAGACAGACACGCAUCGUAUACGAGACUGUUUCGUAUGGAACCUGCACGAGAAACUCGUCACGCCCGAAUCGUUCGCACGGACAUUCUGCACGGACCUGGAUAUUCCACACGCACCAUGGGUGGAAACAGUAGCUACCCAGAUCAGAGCUCAAUUGGAGGAGAUGGAGGGCGUGGGUGGUAUGGACCUCGCUGUGGACGUGCUUGCGGAUAUGGAUGUAGACGGAGAGGAGACAUACCGAGCAGACGAAGUCCCAGAAUGCAGAGUUGUGCUCGCGAUCGAUGUUCAAGUAGACAACCACCAUUUGACAGACCACAUCGAAUGGGACCUACGCUCUCCCCUCACACCUGAAGACUUCACCCGUCAACUCUGCCUCGACCUCGGUCUUUCAGGAGAAGCCAUUCCGCUCAUUGCACAUGCCAUCCACGAGGAACUCAUCAAGCACAAACGGGACGCCAUCGAAUGGGGCGUGAUCGACUCUGCCGCCUCUAACAACGCCGCCCUUGCUAACCACAAUCAACCACAAGAUGCAAUGACAAAAGAGCAAAGGGAUAAGGAACGUGACCGGAGUGGGGCGGGGUUAUUGAAGGAUAAAACGGGACUGGGCUUAGGAUGGGGAAGGGCGCCGAAGCAGGGGAGGGGGCCACAGGUGUUGAGGAGUGUAUGGAGAGACUGGCAGGAAGCGGAGGAGUUUGGGACAAGAUGGGAGGAAUUGACGGCAGAGGAGGUGGAGAGAAGGGAAAUUGAGAGGGAGAGAGCGACGAGGAGGUUGAGGAGGGAGACGUCGAAGUUUCAGAGUUCGACGAGGACGAGGCGGAGGUAG